AUGCUUAGCAGACUGAUACAACUCUCCGCCAAAUCUCAUGUACGUGUCUUGAGCCGUCAACACAUUUCAAAGAGAUUCAACUCAUCACACAGCGACAACCACCACGAUGAUCACCACGGACACGGACACGCAACUGCAGAGGAAAAGCCCUUUGAAAUCACCAUUGCCAAAGUCUUUGGUCUUGCAGCCAUCUUGGGUGGGUUAAUCAUGUACAAGAAUAAAGAUUCAACAGACUCUACAUUGUUCAAUUCACAAUUAUUCGAACAAGUUAGCAGUGGACAACGUGACUCCGCAAGAGCAGAGGCAUACGAGAACAGGUAUAAGGUUGGUUUUAUGAAAAGCUUCAUCAAGGACAAUGGAGGAGAAUUUGGAGAGCAAAUGUACACCAGAGCCAAGGGCGAUGACAUCUGGAAUUACACCGUCAUCCCUGCCCACUCUCCAUUUGGACAGCAAAUUGGUGCCGGUAUCAAAUUGAAUGAAGUAGGACCUAGAAGAGAAAGAGCUCCACGUUUUGCUCCCCUUCAAAAGACCGAACAGAGCUGA